AACCAGGGAAGACUGCUAGAAUAAGCCCACCUCGCAUCUACAGGAGCUUGGCUUGGAUAUCGCUAUUCGCUUUUCGGGAUCUGAGUAAAGAGCAGAACAGGGGAAUAAAAUGGCGGACAAUGGGGAAGGAUCGUCCUCCCAGGCUUCUUUGGCGGUGCCGAUAGCGACCUCUCUGGGACGGUCAGGGUCACCAGCCGCAGAUUCAUAUUCAAGACGAGCCUCAAUUGCUCGUCUGGCUUCACCGAUACCUUCACCGUCGAACACCGGCACCUCUUUCACGUCGAGACAGGGCCUAGCUCCUCCAAGUCACUCGAUACCGGGAUCAGGAGCAGGAUCCGGGCAGGACCUGCGUAGAGUCGAUAAUCCGUCGUCUCUGCCAGGUCCUGGAAAUUCCAUGAUUGCUUCCGCUCUUCAGGACAACCUCGGUCGCUCUCCGCCCAGGUUUGGAACGCCGCCAAGACGGGCCGACUCUCCUGCGAUGCUGUCGCACUUGGACAAGCCGGUUGGGUCGAUUUAUGGGUCGUUCGAUAACAAGGGAGGAAGGGAGGGCUCUGAAUAUUCGAGUGUUGGCCCGUAUGAGGAUCCUGAGAUUGUGAAACGGCAUUUGGUUCAGCCACAGAAUGUGACUGAUGGUCUUGACCCCACUGCUUCGGCUGAUGUUGAACCCAGCCUUGCGGACGACGAGUUUUCGAGCUUGCAACUUCAGGGGGGCGACAUCACGAGGCAGGUCUACCGAUGGGCCGAGGAUGCGGAGGCCGAGGCCUCGGGGCGGAAACCUCUGCGGAGUAAAAGCUUCAGCAUCAGUCGGCCACAGCCAGAAAACUAUAUUAGACGAACCGCUGGCAGUCCUCACCCCAGUGCCAAUGGCUCGAGGAAUCCGAUGCCAACUCAACCACACCUACCUACCACCAGCUUCCUUGAGUUUUUGACGCUCUACGGCCAUUUCGCAGGCGAGCAGCUCGAGGAAGAUGAUGAGGUGCUGGGGCCCGAUGAAUACUUUUCGUCCGAUACCUAUGACGAGGGCGAAAGCCGUGAAGUGAGUGAGGAGUCUGCUCUACUACGUCCGGAAACUCCUGGCCGCAAAAAGCGUAAGCCUAAGCCGCGUGGAGGCACGGGAACAAAUACAACAACCGGGGCUGCUCUCCUACUGCUCAAGUCAUUUGUCGGGACAGGUGUACUGUUUCUGCCGAGGGCCUUUCUGAAUGGAGGCAUGCUGUUCAGCACCCUCGUUCUUCUUUUUGUGUCCAUCUUAAGUUACUAUUGCUUCAUUCAGCUCGUGAGUGUUCGAACGAGGAUCGAGGCCUCCUUCGGUGAUAUGGGUGGUAUUCUUUUUGGAAAAUACAUGCGCAUAAUUAUCCUUGGGUCUAUUGUCCUGAGUCAGCUUGGAUUUGUCUCGGCUUAUAUCGUCUUCACAUCGGAAAAUCUGCAGGCCUUUGUCCUUGCUGUGAGCAAGUGCAAAUCCUUCAUCGACAUCAAGUUUAUGGUCCUGAUCCAGCUGAUCAUCUUCCUCCCUCUGUCUCUCAUCCGGGAUAUCAGCAAACUCGGGUUUACCGCUCUCAUUGCCGACGCGUUCAUUAUGCUCGGCUUGAUCUAUCUCUAUUACUACGACAUCAGCACCAUUGUUGAUCUAGGUGGUAUUUCAGACGUCAAAUCAUUCAAUCCUUCGGACUGGACACUCUUUAUCGGAACAGCUAUCUUCACUUUUGAGGGAAUCGGUCUGAUUAUUCCUAUUCAGGAAUCGAUGAAGCACCCACAGAAGUUUCCCGCUGUCCUUGCAUUUGUAAUGGUCAUCAUCACAGUCAUCUUCCUCUCCGCCGGCGCCCUCAGCUAUGCUGCCUACGGUUCUGCGACCAAGACCGUCAUCCUCUUGAACCUCCCCCAGGACGACAAAUUUGUCAACGCAGUCCAGUUCCUCUACUCUCUGGCCAUCCUGCUCAGCACUCCGCUACAGCUCUUCCCCGCCAUUCGGAUCAUGGAGAAUGAGCUCUUCACACGCAGCGGCAAGUACAACCCUGGCAUCAAGUGGAAGAAGAACUGUUUCCGCUUUUUCCUCGUCAUGCUCUGCGCCUUUGUUGCUUGGGGAGGAGCAGAAGAUUUGGACAAGUUUGUCUCCCUGGUAGGAAGCUUCGCCUGCGUUCCGCUCGUCUAUGUUUACCCGCCUUUGCUCCAUCUCAAAGCAUGUGCCCAGUCUAGAAAGCAGCAGAUUGCGGACAUUGCCCUCGCUGUUUUUGGUGUAAUCUCUUGUAUUUACACCACCACAUUGACCAUCACCAAUUGGGUUGGCGGAGACAACACCAAGCCUCCGGGAUACUGCGAUUCUUACUAGUCUGAGAAGAGAGGAAAUUGGCUUUGAACCUUCAUUGGGUGUACUUCGAUUCACCGUCCUUCCCUUUCUGUCCGCUUAUCAUAAACUCGUUUCGUCAUAUUCGGAACCUGUUAUUCUGUCCUUCUUGUCUAUCCUGGUAUAUGUUUUCCUACUUGUCUUUUAUGGAAUAGAGCAAUAGAAUGUAUAUGCUCCAGAGGUUGAAAUUGUGAUGUACUAGUUUCUCAGCAGAUUGGAAUC